AUGGACUGUAAUUGCGUCUCAGAUCUGCUGCUCACCUCUCCUGUGCCAGCUCUCUGGACCCCAGGUUUUGCUUUCCCGGAUUGGGCCUAUAAACCGGAGUCCAGUCCCGGUUCCCGUCAGAUCCAGCUCUGGCACUUUAUCCUGGAGUUGCUGCAGAAGGAAGAAUACCAGAAUGUCAUCGCCUGGCAAGGAGACUACGGCGAGUUUGUCAUCAAGGAUCCCGACGAAGUGGCCCGGCUCUGGGGUAUUCGUAAAUGCAAGCCCCAUAUGAACUACGACAAGCUGAGCCGGGCUUUAAGAUAUUACUACAACAAGCGGAUCCUCCAUAAGACCAAGGGAAAACGCUUCACCUACAAGUUUAACUUCAGCAAAGUGGUCUUGGUUAAUUACCCACUCCUGGACAUGGCUGCCAACUCCCCGUUUCUUCUCACUCAGAAUCCUUUCAACGGGAGCAACCACGGGGCUGACUGCACCCCGCUGACCCCCGAGGCCUUGCAAAGUCUCUUCUCAAGCCCUCGCUUGGGGGAUCCCUCCAGCCGCACCCCACUCUUUGAACGUCAGCCAGAACCAGAGAAACUGAGGCUGGAUGCAGCCUUCCCAUUCUUGGGAUCAGGUAUGGCUGGGUACACCAAGCCUCCCAGUUUGCUGACUCCAUAUGGCCGGAAUACCUUUCCCGAAUAUCCGUGGAAUUUUAACCCUUACCUGUCCAGCACUUUCCCUCUGAACAGCUCCAAGCUACCCACCUCUCUGUAUUCCCCUCACUUCUACCCCAACCCUUUGUCUGGCUCCCUGGCCCAGCUCCCCACACCCAUCUCCCUCCUGCCCAGCGAAAACCCCGAGAGAACGGCCGCCCUGGGGGGCAGCUCUGUGCCCCGUCUCUGCCUCCCGCCCCAUAGCACAACUCUGCCCCUUCGCGGGGAUGUCCACGGACCGAGCGCUCGCAAUAAGGAACUGCUGGGCACCAGGCCGCCCAGCCCUUCGGGGGGUCGAGGGGCUAAAGAGGACACCGCGUCCGAUUCCGAGUUGGAAAUUACAGAUUUGAGUGAAUGCAGUUCGGAAAAUGAAGGGGGCGACUUUAGCCCCGCCAGUCUGGAGACGUUAGAGAGCCAGGUGCCAAAUUACAAGCGGCUGGAGCGCGAGCGGACGGCCAGAGCGAGGCCUGGUCAGCUCGAUGGGGAGGUGGGAGUCGGCCUGGCCCUGAUCAAGCAGAGGAAGCCUGUGGCGAGCAGUUGAAACCGAGCCCCCCCAAAAGCUUGAUGGCCGGUGCUUCUCUCUGGUCCCGAUUCGAAAUCAAGGUUAAAAGAAACAAAACAACACACGCCCACCCCUCUCUGUUCGUUUGAUGUCUAUUUUUAUAGGAAAGUUCUAUUCAAGGAAUAUACUGAGUCUAAUCCCACGUCCUGCCCCCAAUUCCCCAUACAAUCACCCCUUCUCUAAGUCCUUCAGGGGAGGCUGGGAUUCUCUCCUGCUCAAAAGGAUCAAUGAUGCCAAGACAAAAAAAAAAAGACCGUCUCUUGGAGAUGAGGCUGGUUGAUGGUGGUGGUGGUGGUGGUUGAAAAGACAGACCCAGAUCCCACCUGCCUGGCUGACCGAUCUGAGUUUCCUGGUCACACAUUUCCCUCCUUCCCUCUCAAAUUUAUUUCCUCCGAGAAGCUACUAUCCGUUCAAAGCCCUGUUGCCACCACCGUCCACCCCAGAUCUUCUCCACCAUUGACCUCCAUGCUCAUGGGCUGGCCAGUUCCACAACAGCUAAAAACGUUUCAAGGAAAUCCUUCUCCUAAGGGUGAAAUGUGCAAUAGCUUUUUUUUUUUUUUAAAGACCUGUAGAGAGAACCAGUUUACUUGGUUCUGGUGGCCGAGGGAGAACCCCCAAAGUAGCUUCAGCCAGCUCGGUCCACCGGCCCCAAAUCAGGCAUCUACCAGAAGUGAAUAGAGAUCAACAUUGCCCAAGGUAGUAGCACAGUGGCGGCGAACCUAUGGCACGCGUGCCAGAGGCGGCACUCAGAGCCCUCUCUGUGGGCACGCGAGCUGUUGCCAGAGUUUGCCAGAGUAGCGAGCACGUGGCGUUUGGAAGCGACAGGGCAGGAAGUGAGUGAGCAAGCAGUGUUUGGCCCCCGGGGAGGCCCCCGAGAUGGCGAGGGACUGGCCCCGGCCAUGCUCACCCAGUCUGCCAUGACCAUUGCAGCCACGCCCACCCAGUGCGCCAUGCCCCCCCCAAGGGCACCACAAUGCUGAUGCAGCCCUGGCAUUUUGCGAUAAAUAAGUGGGUUUGGGGUUGCAGUUUGGGCACUCGGUCUCUAAAAGGUUCGCCAUCACUGUCCUAGCAGGACCUUUUCCCGACUAACCACGUUGAUUUAAAAUGCGAUGCCUUGGUUGCCCACAUCGAUGUGACAUGGCUCUCCUCCUAUUGAAUUCGUCAAAAUCUCUUCCAGAGAACUUUGUUGAAGUGCAGAGAGAAUUUGCUGGCAAAAAGUAUGCCCAGGGGUGGCUUAACUCCGUUUUCCGCCCUUGCAGGUGGUCCUUACAGAAAUUUAAGAAAGGUAGCAGUUCUCUUGGUCCCAGCCAGAGGCUUAAAGGCUGUCCCGUUUUGAAAAUUUGCUACUUCCUGUCCUUCAAAGGAUCAGCUGCUGGAACACCUAUUGAGGUUUAUAAAUCAGGAUUCAAGUACAGGAAAUCCUCAACUUUUUGACGACCUCAGUUGGGAAUUUCUGAUGCUAAGCAAAGCAGUUAAGUGAGCCACACCCGAUUUUUCCUCUUCCCCCCCCUCCCAAGGCUGUUAAGUGAAUCCUUGCGGUUAGGUGACUCAUGCGGUCAUUAAAUGAAUCUAAUGUCCUCGUCAGAGAUCAGCUGGGAAGGUUGCAAAUGGCGAUCACACGAGCCCAGAUGCUGCAACCCUCAUGAAUAGGUGUCGGUUGCCAACUGUCUAAAUUUUGACUGCGUGACCGUGGGGAUGCUGUGAUGGUCCUGUGUGUGAGGACCAAUAAUCAUUAAGUUGCUUUUUUUCGGCUCCAUUUCCAACUUCCAACGGUCACUAAAGGAAUGGGCGUAAGUCGGGGAUUAUCUCUAUGGGCUCCCAAAUACCAAUUGUUGCUGGGAAGAAGUGUUCUUUACAUUUUACAUUUUUUCAGAGCGCAACUAAGUUGUUGCAUGGCAGUGUGGCCUCUUUAGGAAGUGUACCUCUUCGAGUAACAUCUGGAGAUGACACCGAAUGGCCCUAAGGAAGCGAUGAGCUUGGUUAAUGGCCAGAAACAGCUGGCUAAUCCAGCUGCACUUCAGAAGCAGGACACUGGAAUUUGAGGAAGAAUUUGGGCCAGUUGAUUGCUUUAUUAUUCCAUAUCCCCAUCCUGAGCUUUUUGAAGUGCAAUAUUGUCUUGUCUAUUCUGGUGUGACCUUUCU